UGUUGUUCAUUCUUGUGUUUUUAUUAUUGAAAAUUUUGUAAAAAUGAAAAGUUAGUGAUAUCUUGGUGCUUUAGGGUCGAUUUUCACUGUGUUUUCUAUUAUUUUAUACUUUUAUAAAAGUAUAGUUGCCAAGUUUUUAUUCGUUUUAUAAUCGUUCGUGUUUUUACAUUCGUAUCUCAACAUUGUGAAAUGUUAUCAUUGUUCCUGUAAGGAAAGUUUUCAAGCCAAUGGAUCCGUACGUAGAGAAAUUCAGCUCUCUGUCCUUACACGACAGACCAAACGAUGCUAAACCGGACUUAAAUUUGAGAUUCACCAACAGCUCGGAUCCUGGAUACGGACGAAUCGUUAGUAAAAGUUCACCUCAACCUUGUGCCAGUUAUUCGCCAUCGUUAAUCAGUACCUCGAAUAUAUCCAAAGACUCGUCUGGUAAUAUCAUGCGAAACACCUGUACUAACGUUGCCUCGACCAGUUACUCGAUUUUGGAUAAGGCUAAAUGUAUACCAGCACCUCAGACUGGCUAUUACGAAAACGGGCACAGGAAUUUAUACGCUAAAUCACUACAGCAACGUUCCGUCAGUCCAGCCAGCGCGUGUGGCUCGUGUAAAGAUUCGAUUAGUCCUAAUUCAAGUAUGAUAUCAAUCCAGAGCAUGCAUUUAGACAAGAAAAAUAGCCCGGUGUACGAGAACGUAGAUUAUUACAACAGUCGUAAUAACGUGUUACCCUCCUACUAUCAUCAAAGUACUAACGCGAUUCAUUCACGUAACGGAUCCCUAGACUCUAAACAUUCCAGCCCUCGUGCCAGUAUUGCAGCGACCGAUAUUUACGAAUCGACGUAUCGUAAAGCCCAACCUCAAGUACCCUCCGGUGUACGAUACAUUCCAUCGUAUUCGAAAGACUAUCAGUUCUACGAAGCACCUCCCGUUUACGAGAAUCUUCAAAACGUUUCCACUAAACCUACUUACAAUCACGAACCAGCCAAACCCGGUCCUCAAGUUCCCAUUCACGGUGAACAUAAACAAAUCGUAACCAACGCAGAGAUGAAUUUCGUACCAGGUUACGAUAAUUCGCGAACGAACGGUGUCCGAUAUCCGACCGCCGUUCAACAUCAAGUAAUCACAUCUCCUCAACAGAGGUCCAGCGUUGUACAAGCAUCAGCUGCUGAAAGCACUGUUCAGCAGCCAUAUUACGGAGUAUCUGCAUCACCUAAACCCACAGCGGUAUCGUAUUUUAAAAAUCAAAACCACAAUAACAUCAGUAACACCGAAUUACCUCCUAGAGGAAAUACUCCUUUGGGGAAAAUGGAAAAAGAUCCAGCUUCUGAGUACUAUGCGUCUGAUUUAGGAUCUUUAUCAGCUAAUAAGUUACUUCCGUAUAAUGUAACUCCACCUAGACCUAUGGGUCCAACCGAAGCUGAACGUAAAAUAGAAGAAUUGACCAGGCAGCUCGAAGAAGAAAUGGAAAAACAACAAGAAGAAGGAGAAUAUUUCGGCAUUUGCCAUACUUGCGGUGACAAAGUAACCGGUGCUGGUCAAGCUUGCCAAGCUAUGGGUAACCUAUAUCAUACGAAUUGUUUCAUUUGUUGCUCAUGCGGACGUGCCCUCCGAGGAAAAGCAUUCUAUAAUGUUCACGGAAGAGUUUAUUGCGAAGAAGAUUACUUGUAUUCCGGUUUUCAACAAACUGCAGAGAAGUGUGCGAUCUGUGGCCACCUGAUUAUGGAAAUGAUUUUACAAGCGAUGGGUAAAUCUUACCAUCCUGGUUGUUUCCGUUGCUGUAUGUGUAACGAAUGUCUAGAUGGUGUGCCAUUCACCGUCGAUGUUGAUAACAAGAUCUAUUGUGUUAAUGACUAUCACAGAAUGUUUGCUCCGAAAUGUGCAGCUUGUGGAAAAGGAAUCACUCCGGUCGAAGGAACCGAAGAAACUGUUCGUGUGGUUUCUAUGGAUAAAGAUUUCCACGUAGACUGUUACGUUUGCGAGGAUUGUGGUAUACAACUGACAGAUGAACCGGAUAAGAGAUGUUAUCCUUUGAAUGGACGUUUAAUGUGCCGGUCUUGUCAUAUACAACAUUUAAAUGCUGAUCACCCUGUUAAUCAUCAAAUCCAGAGUGUGGCAGCGUGUUAUCAAUACACAGGUUAAUUUAUUACUCGUAUUUAUUUAUUGUGAUGAGCCAUCGAACUAAGUUAUUGACGUGGUUGUAUUAUUUGUUUUAAGUAUGUAGUGCUGAAGUGUACUGUAUUCUGCGUGUAGAGCAUUUAUUGUUUUAUCAAUUUAAACGUAACGUUAAUUUUAUUCGAACAAAAUCUAAUAAAUUUCCAAUACGUAAUGA